GUCUCGAGAAAAAAGAAAACAGUUAUUCAUCCACCAAAAUAUCUGCCCCAUUUCCAACGUUUUUUUUUCUCUGUUCCUUUCUUCCAUACUGGUGUUUCUACGCCCACGACAUUCAUUCUCACGCCAACCACACAAACAAACAUGAUGGAGUCACUUCUAUCUCUCGCCUUCGAUAACCUGUCGUCCUACGAUGGCCCCAAGGUCCGCAAGGGCCUGCGCCAGGUUGAAGGUCUUCUCGCCCAGAUCUGCCUCUCGAAUCCCCGUAGCGACAACUCGCGCCGCAACCGUGACCACGAAAACAACGGAGAGGCGUCGCCUGAGCAAAAGGACCUCGCCGAACUAUCCCAGGAUCCCGCUUUUCAAGAGUUUUUCAAGUUGCAGGAGGGAUUCGAGUGGAACGUUGCCAUGCGCCUUAUCGGCACUCUUGACCGUCUUAUGGCUAAGGGCAGCGACGGACAGAAUGAUCUCUUGAUCCUCAAUGCCCUUGAUCUCAUUCAGGGAACUCUCCUGUUGCAUCCCCCCAGCAAGUCGCUCUUCUCCCGGGAGCAGAAUAUGAACCUUCUCCUCGAUCUUCUUGAGCCCUUCAACUGCCCCGCUAUCCAAUGCGCGACUCUUCUCACCCUCGUCACCGCUCUCCUCGACACCCCCCGAAACACUCGCACCUUUGAGGGCCUUGAUGGCCUUCUUACCAUCACCUCACUCUUCAAGUCGCGCUCCACGGCCCGCGAGGUCAAGCUCAAGCUUGUCGAGUUCCUCUACUUCUAUCUCAUGCCCGAGUCACCAUCCAUCCCCCGCGCCGACCAGCGCGACUCUGUUCCUGGCAUGCUUCAACGGAGCCCAAGCAAGCUUGCGGGCGCCUUUAACAACGAAGCCCGUCGCAAGCGAUCUGGCUCCGAUGCGGAUGACGUUUAUCUCACAACCGAAGAAAAGCAGGAGUUGCUUAGCCAACAUCUGAGCAGUGUCGAGGAACUUGUCAAAGAUCUUAGAAACUGUGCUCCCUUUGGAGGCGUCGUCUGCUAAACGCAGGCAGUCGGGCACAGGUGGACAUGUUUCCUAUUCCUUUGUUCUUCAUUCCAGCACAGAAACGGCGUUGGGCGGCACCCGGAUGGCUCAUUUUUGUGUGUGUUUUUCUUCUUUACCUUUGGCGCGGAGUUUUGAGAGCAACAGAGUCGGAACACAUUAAUUUGUUUUUUGCUUUCUUUUGUAAGAUAUGGUACUGCGAGGGAGGAUGUUGGAUGACCUUUGAUAUUUGCCUGAAUGGUCUGGCUAGGCGUUGACAAGUAUGAAAAAUAUUAGAACGGUUCAGUUUUUUUCUCCUGA